GUCCUCGUCACGUAAAGGAGGCGGAGCUAAAGAGCAUUUGUUAUGGAAGAUGUCAUUCGUUAGAGGAGCCAUGAUAGCUGCGUCAAAGACAAGAAUGUGGAGCUUCGCUAGGUCCUCGACUCUGCUGAACAGCCUCGGUGUGAACCAGCAGCUCCAGCGGCUGCCCACCAACACCACAGCGGGGCUCCGGCGCCUCAGCAGCGCCUCAGCCCAGCAGCAACCAUCGGUGUCAAAUCCACCUGAGGAUAAAGUGCUCCUCACUGAGUCAUGUGUGAAGAGGUUGGGGGAGAUCAUGGGGAAGGGCGAGUACCUGAGAAUACAUGUGGAGGGAGGAGGCUGCUCCGGGUUCCAGUACAAGUUCUCUGUUGAUGGAAACAAGAAUGAAGACGACAGAGUGUUUGAGCAGGGAGGCGUGGGCAUCAUCGUGGACCAGGACAGCCUGGAGUUUGUGAAAGGGGCCACUGUGGACUUCAGCCAGGAGCUGAUCCGCUCCGCCUUCCAGGUUCUCAAGAAUCCUCAAGCCGAUCAUGGCUGCUCCUGUGGCAGCUCCUUCUCAGUCAAACUAUGACCCUGCUUUCCUGUUACCUGCAUUAAUAUGAAUGAACACACACAUUUACCAGUUUAUCAGAGACACAUCUUCAACAUAUGCGUAUAAAUCAACUGGUAACUCUGAAUAUUAUUUCAUUUUGAACUAUCUGUGAUAUUUUGAACUCCCACAUCAGCUAAUAAUUACAUUUUGUGUCAACAAUCAAACUGGUAGAUAAUGUGUUGCUUUCUUUUUCAAUGUGAAUUUUGCCGAUGUGAAUGAAAGACAAAUCGUUGCAGGUGGUGACAGGCAACAGUGUUCACAACAUUCAACUUUGUUGAAAUUGAAGGGAUUUAUUCAGUGCAUAGACUUACCUUGUUUUGUAAAUGAUGUAUAUAGGACAUAUAUAUGCUAAAUUAUAUUUCUUUCAACUUAAAUAAAACUGAGUGAAUAUGAAA